UGGAAGAGCAUGAUGGUCGCAGCGGAAAGUCGAGGCGCCAUGACUAACGCUCGGGAGAGCAUACGUGUCGCCAAAUACUAUGAUGUUGAUGAAGAUGUGCCGGAUCGAGGAGAUUGUCGAUACCAAUAAAUUGAUAUUGGGCUGUUCUUCCUCCUAUAGAUACAUUUAGAAUAUGUUUUAUGUGGAUGAUAUCAUUAUCAGGACUGCUUGGUUCUUGAAUGAUGUGAAGCAUAGAAGAUAUUUAUGAUCUUGAUAAUAUUAGCAGGACUGCUUACUGUUACUUCUUGACGUGAGCAAGGUCUCUAUGGGCGGACGAAUGACUCGGAAAGUAACCACGAACCUGAAAAAAUCACAAACUAUCGAGGCUAUAUUAGCUACUAGCGUAGGUCCAUCGUUUUCUUUACGUAUUGCAGAACAACAAGUAAGGAAUCUUUAUUCGAUAGAGGUACACCCGAUCUUUUUUGAUCGGGGUAUAUCAUCAUUACACAUAGUGAACAUUCUUUCGCCUAGAGGAUAUACAUUUUACCUCCUUCCCCACACAACUCUUAGCAGCAGUUGUGUAUUCCGAUGCAAUUCAUGGGUCCUCAAUUUAAGGGCAGUUUAUCACUAUCCCAUGUGGACUAUACUGAGUGAACUCGUCCUCCCUGAUCUGAAGGGGAAAUUAGAGGGGAAAGAGGGCAACUCACUCGACCAGGGAUAGUGAGAAACUGCCUCUAAGUCUGUAAUCAAUUGCGAGGCUCCUCCGAAGGAUCGUUCCCCUCUUUCUGUAGUUGAGACCCGCCACUGCGCGACGAGAUUAAUCAGUGGCGACCAUCGUGAUCCAGGGUCACCUCUGCCC